AUGGUGGUAGCAAAUGAAUUGGGACUACGAAGAUCAGCUUGUAUGGCCAUGGAGCAAGAAUGGGCAAUUUACAGUAAAGCCAAAGAGUGGCUACCGCUGAAUUCUAUGGAUGCACAUAUUUGGAAGGUGGUUUGUAGCCCCUUUGACAAGCUUAAGGUUGAGGAUGCUCUGCGUCUUCCAGGGAAGUGGAGACAAUGGAAGUGGUUGUUGAGCCCUUAA